AUGAAAAACCCGGUCCCAGAGCGCACAGCCAGACCAGGAGCUCACCCUGUGAGGCCACCAGUCGAAAAAGGAUCAGAAACGGUACAGCGCAUCACGGAAGGGCCUGCAGUUCCAGGCUCAGGCCGGGAACGACGCAAUGGCGACACCAGCGCCGUCGGCGGUUGCUGGCGAACCAAUAAGCCGUGUGGAAAGGAGAAAACGGCGAGAGGUGGCGCCAUCGGGACCCCAGGGGAAGGUUCUGGUUUUGGGGGUGGGGAAGUGAGAAGGGAAAAAGGAAGAAGGAGAAGGUGGAAGAAAGAGGGAGCCGGACGAGGUUUAUAUAGGUUGUUGAUAGCUUUGAUCGCCAACUGGCGCGGCGAGGAAGGAGGCCAAACCCGAACGGGCGACGCCAGUCCGGAUUGGGAGGGGGCAAGCGGAGCAACGGCCGGAUAA